AAGAGUUUUUACUUCUUAGACAGAGAGACAGGCAUGGAGGGGAUUGAUCAUAGGAUUGUGAGAGCCAAUGGCAUCAAAAUGCACAUAGCAGAAAAAGGACAAGGCUCGGUAGUACUAUUCCUCCAUGUCUUCCUUGAGCUUUGGCACUACUGGCGCCACCAGAUUCGUGCUUUGAGCUCACUUGGAUACCAUGCUGUAGCACCAGAUCUCCGGGGCUUCGGUGACACUGAAGCACCAACUUCCAUCACCAACUACACCUAUGAUCACAUUGUCAAUGACCUUGUUGCUCUCAUUGACUCUCUGAGUGUGGAGCAAGUGUUUCUUGUGGCACAUGAUUGGGGAGCCAUCAUGGGUUGGUACUUGUGCUUGUUUAAGCCUGAAAGAGUGAAGGCAUUUGUGUGCCUUAGUGUUCCAUUCACGCCAAGGUGUCCACAGAUGAAGCCAAUGGAUAGAAUACGAGGUUUCUUUGGAGAUGACUACUAUAUAUGCAUAUUUCAGGCACCAGGAGAAAUUGAAGCUGAGAUUGCCGAAUUAGGUACAGCAAAUGUACUCAAAACUAUUUUCUCAAUUCGAAAACCAGGUCCACCCUGCUUCCCUCAAGGAAAUGCAUUUGGAAUCCGUACCAAUGCUUCAAUUUCCUUGCCCUCUUGGCUUUCAGAAGAAGGGCUUACUUAUUAUGUCACAAAAUUUGACCAGAAAGGCGUCACUAGAGGAUUGAACUACUACCAAGCAAUUGACUAG